AUUCAACUCUUACUCUCUCUCUCUCUCUGUCUAACUAAUGAUGCUUCCAAUUUUCGAUCUAGUAAACUGAAACCUGCAACAACAAUAUUUUGAUUCUUCAACCCCUCAAUUCCAACUGAAGAAAAUGUUAAAUUCUCUAAAUUCUAUCCCACAGCGACUUGGUGAAGAUCUCAUCUAAUCUAUAUAAGUGUGGAUAACCCUCCCCAGUCCUUUUAAGGGUCCAGUUUUCUUAUAAAUUUGAUCUCAAGGAGGCUAAAAGGUGACAAAUGGCUGCGAGGUUGUAUCCUCGAUCUGUUGAGGAAGUUUUCAAGGAUUUUAAGGGCCGAAGAGCUGCACUUAUUAAAGCCCUUACAACAGAUGUUGAAGAAUUUUACCAGCAGUGUGAUCCUGAGAGGGAGAAUUUAUGCCUAUACGGACAUCCUCAUGGAGAAUGGGAUGUCAAUUUGCCUGUUGAAGAGGUGCCUCCUGAACUCCCCGAGCCUGCUUUGGGCAUCAACUUUGCUAGAGAUGGGAUGCAAGAAAAAGACUGGCUAGCUCUUAUUGCUGUCCACAGUGACUCAUGGCUGCUUUCCGUUGCUUUUUAUUUUGGUGCUAGAUUUAGCAUUGAUAAAGCUGACAGGAAGCGGCUAUUCAGCUUGAUCAAUGAUCUUCCUACUGUAUUUGAAGUUGUGACUGAGGCUACCAAAAAACUGCAGAAAGAGAAAUCUCCAGUCUCAAACAGUAGCAGCAAAUCCAAGUCGAAUUCUAAGCCGGUUAAAGUUUCAAAGCCACAGCCAAAAGACGAGGAGGAGCUGGACGAGGAAGAAGACGACGAACAUGGGGAGACAUUGUGUGGUGCCUGUGGGGAUAACUAUGCAUCAGAUGAGUUCUGGAUAUGCUGCGACAUAUGUGAGAAGUGGUUCCAUGGCAAGUGUGUCAAAAUUACUCCUGCCAAAGCCGAGCAGAUCAAGCAAUAUAAGUGCCCAUCAUGCAGCAACAAGAGACCUCGCCCCUGAGAUGGAAUACUGAUCUUUCAACUCGACUCUCAGCAAUUCUGGCCACUGCCUCGGUUCGACUAGACUCCUCUCUUGUUAAAGUAUUACAUUUGGUGCUUUGUAUAGCAUUAUCUAUUGUUAGCUUCAGCUGUAGUCCCCAGAUUUUGUUGGAUUAUCAUGCUUCUCUUUAAUGGGAUUUUUUUAGCUUUGACAAA